AUAUCUGCUGGAUUAUGAAGUCUAGUUUCUGAAGUGACUGGAUGAAAAGUGUCACUUGUGCCAAGUACAGUGGAUGAAGUCGUGCUUGAGGAUUAUUCCUGGACUGUGUACGUGCUGUCUUCCUGACUGUGGUUUGUUCUGCGUGCAGGUUUCGUUGUCCGUUGGCACUCACACAGCAAUGACAGCCCGAGUUCUGGUCAUCGGCAACGGAGGCAGGGAGCACGCGCUGGCCUGGAAGCUCUCACAGUCCCAUCAUGUCCAGCAGGUGUUGGUUGCCCCAGGAAAUGCAGGGACUGCCUGCUCUGGGAAGAUUUCCAACACUGCCAUCUCAGUUGACAACCACGCUGCCCUUGCCCAGUUCUGCAAACACGAGAACAUUGCGUUGGUGGUGGUUGGACCCGAGGCACCCCUGGCCGCCGGGGUCGUUGAGAGCCUGACAUCUGCGGGGGUGCGAUGCUUCGGCCCCACAGCAAAGGCAGCUCAACUGGAGUCUAGCAAGAGGUUUGCCAAAGAGUUUAUGGAUCGACACGGAAUCCCAACUGCACGCUGGCGAGCUUUCACCAGCCCUGAGGAAGCCUGCCACUUCAUCCUGAGUGCAGACUUCCCUGCUUUGGUUGUGAAGGCCAGUGGUCUUGCAGCUGGGAAAGGAGUCAUUGUUGCAGAGAACAAAGAAGCAGCCUGCAAGGCUGUGCAGGAGAUCAUGCAGGAGAAAAGCUUUGGAGCAGCUGGAGAAACGAUUGUUGUUGAAGAACUUCUUGAAGGGGAAGAGAUUUCUUGUCUCUGCUUCAGUGAUGGGAAAACGGUGGCCCCCAUGCCUCCAGCACAGGACCACAAGCGCUUACUAGAGGGAGAUCAUGGUCCCAAUACAGGGGGAAUGGGAGCCUACUGUCCAGCACCUCAGGUUUCUAAGGACUUGUUACUAGAAAUUAAAAAUACUGUUCUUCAGAGGGCAGUGGAUGGCAUGCAGCAGGAGGGCACUCCUUACGUAGGGAUUUUGUAUGCUGGUAUAAUGCUCACCAAAGAUGGCCCAAAAGUUCUGGAGUUUAAUUGCCGUUUUGGUGAUCCAGAAUGCCAAGUGAUCCUCCCACUGCUUAAAAGUGAUCUUUUUGAAGUGAUUCAGUCCGCCUUAGAUGGCCUGCUUUGCACGUCCCUGCCUGCCUGGCUAGACGACCACACCGCUGUAACUAUAGUCAUGGCAAGUCAGGGUUAUCCUGGAGCCUAUGCCAAGGGUGUGGAAAUCACGGGGUUUCCUGAGGCCCAGGCUCUGGGACUACAGGUGUUCCAUGCGGGAACUGCCCUCCAGGAGGGCAGAGUAGUGACAAACGGGGGAAGAGUUCUUGCUGUCACAGCCAUCCAGGAGACUCUCAGCUCAGCCCUCGAGGAAGCCAAGAAAGGACUGACUCUUCUGAGGUUUGCGGGCUCCAUUUAUAGGACGGACAUUGGCUUCCGUGCCCUGGCCUUCCUCCAGCGGCCCAGAGGCCUGACUUACAAGGACUCUGGAGUGGACAUUGCAGCUGGAAACAUGCUGGUGAAAAAAAUUCAGCCAUUAGCCAAAGCCACCUCUCGGGCAGGCUGUGAUGUUGCUCUUGGAGAUUUCGCUGGUCUUUUUGAUUUGAAAGCAGCUGGCUUCAAAGAUCCUCUUCUGGCCUCCGGAACAGAUGGUGUUGGAACAAAACUGAAGAUUGCUCAGCUCUGCAAUAAACAUGACACCAUUGGGCAAGACUUGGUUGCGAUGUGUGUGAAUGACAUUCUGGCGCAAGGCGCAGAGCCCCUCUUCUUCCUGGAUUACUUCGCCUGCGGGAAACUCGACCUCAAGACAACUGAAGCCGUCGUUGCUGGCAUCGCCAAAGCAUGUGGGAAAGCUGGGUGUGCUCUCCUUGGAGGUGAAACAGCAGAAAUGCCUGACAUGUAUCCUCCCGGAGAGUACGACCUUGCUGGGUUUGCUGUUGGUGCCAUGGAGCGGGACCAGAAGCUCCCUCAUCUAGAAAGAAUCACUGAAGGGGAUGUUGUUGUUGGCGUAGCUUCAUCUGGUCUCCACAGCAAUGGCUUUAGCCUUGUGAGGAAGAUUGUGGCCAAAUCUUCACUGCAGUACUCUGCGCCAGCACCUGCUGGUUGUGGUGACCAGACCUUAGGGGACCUGCUUUUAACUCCAACAAGAAUCUACAGCCAUUCGUUGUUACCCGUCCUCCGGUCAGGUCAUGUCAAGGCUUUUGCUCAUAUUACCGGUGGAGGAUUGCUGGAAAAUAUCCCCAGAGUCCUGCCUCAGAAACUUGGUGUAGAUCUAGAUGCCCGGAGCUGGAAGAUCCCCAGGAUCUUUUCAUGGCUGCAGCAAGAAGGGCAGCUCUCGGAGGAGGAGAUGGCCAGGACGUUUAACUGUGGGGUUGGAGCUGUACUUGUGGUACCAAAGGAGCACACAGAGCCACUUCUGAGGGACAUUCGGCAGCGCCAGGAGGAAGCCUGGGUGAUUGGCAGCGUGGUUGCCCGAACUAAAGGUUCCCCUUGUGUAAAAGUCAAGAAUCUGACUGAAGCCUUGCAAGUGGACAGGUCAGUGCUGGAGAACAGCUCCCUGGAAAAUCAUUCCCCUGCCCAUCCAAAAAAGGCAAGAGUGGCUGUCUUGAUAUCCGGAACAGGUUCCAACCUACAGGCACUCAUAGACAGUACUCAGCAGCCACACAGCGCCUCGCGCAUCGCUGUCGUCAUCUCCAACAAAGCCGGGGUCGCCGGGCUAGAGAGGGCACAGAGAGCUGACAUUCCCACCAGGGUGAUUAAUCAUAAAUUAUACAAGGAUCGUGUAGAGUUUGACAAUGCCAUUGACCAAGUUCUUGAAGAAUUCUCCACAGACAUAGUCUGUCUUGCAGGAUUCAUGAGAAUACUGUCUGGGCCGUUUGUUAGGAAAUGGACUGGGAAAAUGCUCAACAUCCACCCGUCCUUGCUCCCUUCCUUCAAGGGUGCAAAUGCACACGAGCAGGCUCUGGAAGCUGGGGUCACAGUCAGCGGCUGCACCGUGCACUUCGUGUCUGAGGAUGUAGAUGCCGGACAAAUUAUUCUGCAAGAAGCUGUUCCGGUGAAAAGGGGUGACACUGUUGCAACUCUGUCUGAAAGAGUAAAGUUAGCAGAACAUAAAGUAUUUCCUGCAGCCCUCGAGCUGGUGGCCACUGGAGCUGUACAGCUUGGAGAAAAUGGCAAGAUUUGUUGGGCCAAAGGGCAAUAAAGCCUAAUUCAAAAGUGGGCCCAGGGGGCCCAGCGCAGUGGCCUAGCAGCUAAAGUGCUCACCUUGAAUGCACCGGUAUCCCAUAUGGGCACCACUU